AUGAAUAGAACCAGUGAAGCUCGGGAUGCAAUCAGAGCAUUCCAGCAACAUUCAGGGGAAGCGUUCCAUGAGGCGUUCACAAGGUUUAAGGAAAUGUCAAGAAAAUGUCCCCAUCAUGGCAUUCAGACAUGGGAGCUGAUCAAAGCGUUCUAUGAUGGGCUACUUCCUGAUGAUAUAAGAGAUCUUAUCGCCAUCAGUAAUGGUACGUUUCUCACAAACACCGAAGCUGCAGAUUGGGCAUACUUGGAAAGACAGAGUGCCACUUCUAAAAGACAGGCACAAUCUAGCAGAAGGGCAAGAUUAGCAUCAGCAAGAGCAAUUGAUUAUGAAGCUGAAGAACAGGUUGAGAAACUGAAAAACCAGAAUAUGCUAUUAGAGCGACAAGUGGCUCAAAUGAAGUUGGGAAAGGGAGCCGAAGUUAGGGCAGCUAAUGCAUUCCCGGUGUGUACAGAUUGUGGUGAGUUAGGACACCGGGUUGGAGAGUGUCAUGCAAGGAUGGGUUCGAAUAAAGAAGUGAACCAAGUAUUCGGUGAACGAAAGCAGUAUGAUAUGAAAUCGAAUACAUGUCAUCCAGGUUUGCGAAACCACCCCAAUUUUAGUUACGGUAAUUCUGCUAAUCAAAUGAACCCUAAUUUUCAGGGCCAGUAUAAUCAGGGUAAUCAGCAAGGGAACUUCUCAAGUUCUAGCAGUGGAACGAGUGAUGACAAAUUGGAUGCUAUUAUGAAGUUCAUGAAGGACAUCCAGAAGGAUAAUGAAAUUCGAGACAAAACUUCUGAAGCAAUGCAGAAGCAAUGGGGGCAACUAGCAGAAGACCUGGCUCAGCUGAGAAGAGAUCCAGGUAAGUUACCAAGCACUACCACAGUUAAUCCAGCACAUCAAUCAUCUAGUUUGAAGAAUGGAAGAAAUGUGCACAUCAAGCGGUAA